AAGAASGAGAUCACAGAUACAAGCAGCUGAAAUGAGUUUCCUCUGCAGGGUGUCUGGGCUCUGAGCACCCAGCCUCAAACCUGACAGGAUUUCUCUGCAGCUCUGACCCGUGUCCUGGUCUGCUGAGUGGAAACAUCCCCGCAUCAUGAUGCUGCCUCCUCCGUGCUUCACUGUGAGGACCGUGUUCCCGGYGUGAUGGCAGCUGCUGAAAUGUCUCAGAUAUCUGUCCUGCUGCCAUUCACAGGCCUUUUCUUUUUUACACCAUCCUUCAGCUCAGGAUCCAGCGGUGCAGAUCCAGUGAGCUGUGAGACCCGUGGAGUGGACCUGAAGCAGGAUGAAGUCCUGGUCUUGUGUCCUCCAGGCUGCACAGAUUUAAGGCUGUCGGUGUUUGGGACUGGGGUCUACGCUGCCGUCUCRUCCGUCUGUGGAGCUGCUGUUCACAGGGGCGUCUUGACUUCGUCGGGGGGUCCUGUAAGAGUUCAGAGACGGGCGGGCCGACACAACUACGUUAGCUCGUACGCUAACGGCGUCCACUCACAGGCUCUCCCUCGCUGGACCUCGUCCUUCAGCCUCUCCACAGAGAACGUUGAGGCUCCUCUGGAGCUGACCAGCUCCACCACUUCUACAGACGUCCCUGCAGCCUUACUACCAGGGAAGAAAGCAGCGAAGAAGUCGUCUGUGAAGAAGUCCACAUCAGGUGGGAAUAAAGACUGUCAGACGGACAUCGCUGUGGUCAUCGACAGCAGCAACAACAUCGGGCAGCGCAGAUUCAACCUGCAGAAGAACUUUGUAGCCAAACUGGCCAUCAUGCUGCGAGUCGGACCAACGGGACCUCAUUUGGGUCUGAUCCAGGCCAGGCCGUGUGUAAAGACGAUGGUUUCUUCACUUAUUCCAUCCCCAGCUGGUUCAGCACCCCCAAACAUGUCCGCCCGCUGACACAGAGACUCUGCUCCCUGGACUCUCUGCUCUGCAGUAAAACCUGCUACAACUCGGUGAACAUCGGCUUCCUCAUCGACGGGUCSUCCAGCGUCGGUUGGCAGAACUUCCAGCUGGUUCUGGACUUCCUGGCAGGAAUCGCUCAGAGCUUCGACAUCUCAGACGUGGGCGCUCGCAUCGGUGCGGUCCAGUUCACCUACGACCAGAGGCUGGAGUUCGGCCUGAUGGACCACUCCAGCAAAGAGGACACUAUCGGCGCCCUGAGGAGGAUCAGCUACAUGAGCGGAGGAACGGCCACCGGGUCAGCCAUCACCUACGCCACCCAGAACCUGUUCAGACAAAAAGAACGAGGUCACAACUUCCUGGUUGUGGUGACAGACGGCCAAUCGUACGAUGAGGUCCAGAGCCCAGCGAUGGCGGCGCAGAGACAAGGUGUUCACUUUUAGCUGCACUUAAGUUAAAACGAUAUUAAAUGUUUUUGUUGCAGCAUAAAAGGGUUAAUUUUGUGCUGACUUCUAUUUGUACAUUAUUCUGUUUUAAAGCUGUUUUGUUCUUUUUUAUUUCUGUAAAGACUUUUCUUCUGUUUCACUUUAAUAACAUUAAAAAGUUUCAAAACCUUAAAGGACAAAAACAUUUUCUGAGACGUUCAGUCAGUAAUUUGUUCAUAUUUGACUGAUUUUUAAUAAACUAAAUAUUUUUC